AUGGAGGUUCAGUUUUUCCGGCGGCUUGAUGGAGAGUUCAACAAGGUUUUGAGAUUUUAUAAGCAGAAAGUGGAGAGCGUGAUGGAGGAAGCCGAUGAGCUUAGUAGACAAUUAAACGUUUUGAUUGCUCUCAGAGUUAAGGUUGAGAAUCCAAAUGUUGACUUCCCCGACAUUAGUAGUAUCUCGAGUGCUCCUUCUUCUCCACACAACAGGACUCCAGCCAUUUCCCCAAUGGAAGUGAUUAAAGAAAUGGAACAAGUAGAAGAUAAGAAAGUCUUUAAACCUGCUCCAGUAGAAAUGCUGGAUCAUAUAAAGCUCAAGAUCGAACCGGAGACUCCAUUGUCAAUGCUUAAGUGCAUGAUCAUGGGUCUUUCAACUGAGCAAACCUUCAGCAAACCGGAGCUUAAAAGAGCCGAGGAGCUUAUGGACCGCGCUUUUGUUGAGUUCUACCAGAAACUUAGGUUCCUUAAGAGUUAUUGCUUCUUGAACCAGUUGGCUUUUUCAAAAAUACUAAAGAAGUAUGACAAGACUACUUCUAGGAAUGCAUCUAAGCCUUAUCUACAUACAGUGGAUCAUUCUUAUUUAGGAAGCUGCGAUGAGGUCUCAAGGCUCAUGUCAAGAGUGGAGGCUACGUUUAUUAAGCACUUCGCCCAUGGAAAUCACCGUGAAGGAAUGAAAUGUUUAAGGACUAAAGCUAAGAGGGAGAAACACAGAAUCACAUACUUCCUCGGUUUCUUUUCUGGUUGCGCCGUAGCUCUAGCCAUUGCGAUAACGGUUCUUGUACAUAUAAGAGGCAUAACAAAAAGUGAAGGCAGACAUCAAUACAUGGAGAACAUCUUCCCUCUUUACAGCAUGUUCGCUUUCGUUGCGGUUCAUUUGCUUAUGUAUGCAGGAGACAUAUAUUUCUGGAGUCGAUAUAGAGUUAACUACCCCUUUAUCUUCGGGUUUGACCAAGGGACUGAUCUUGGUUACAGAGAAGUUCUUCUUCUAGCCUCUGGUCUAGCAGUUCUAACAUUUGGAGGAGUCAUCUCGAAUCUUGACAUGGAGAUGGAUCCGAGAACCAAAGAGUUUAGUGUCAUCACUGAGCUUGUUCCUUUAGGUCUUCUCAUGUGCUUCAUGAUUACUCUGUUUUGUCCACUCAAUAUAAUAUAUCGGUCAAGCAGAUAUUUCUUCAUUGGGUGCGCCUUUCGUUGUCUUUUAAGCCCACUAUACAAGGUUAUUCUCCCGGAUUUCUUUCUCGCAGAUCAGUUGACCACUCAGGUGCAAACAUUCAGAAGCUUGUUGUUUUAUGUAUGUUAUUAUGGUUGGGGAGGAGAUUUCAAGAAAAGAACACACACAUGCUAUGAGAGUGAAAUUUACAAAGAACUCUAUCUUGUUGUUGCCAUCAUUCCUUACUGGUUCCGCUUUGCUCAGUGUAUAAGGAGGUUGGUUGAGGAGAAGGACAAAAUGAAUGGCCUAAACGCACUAAAAUAUCUCUCGACAAUAUUAGCGGUUGCGGCUAGAACAAUCUUUGAAACAAAGAGAGGGACCUACUGGCUUACGGUGGCUGUAACCACGUCAACCAUUGCCACAUUGUUCAAUACUUAUUGGGAUAUAUUCAGGGAUUGGGGUCUAAUGAACCGCAACUCCAAAAACCCUUGGCUUCGUGACAAACUCUUAAUCCCUUACAAAAGCAUAUACUUCAUUGCCAUGGUGGUGAAUGUGGUGCUGAGGCUGGCUUGGAUGCAGACGGUUCUUGGGAUUAGAGAAGCUCCAUUUUUGCACAGAAGAGCUUUGGUUGCUGUUGUUACCAUUUUAGAGAUUGUUCGUCGUGGCAUUUGGAACUUCUUCAGGUUGGAGAAUGAGCAUUUGAACAAUGUGGGGAAAUACAGAGCCUUCAAGUCUGUACCUUUGCCUUUUCAAGAAGUUGGAGGAAGCAAGAGCAUGUAA